UAUCUCUGCUGAUCUAGAAAAGGUCUUUGUCUGGGCGGCAGUCAGGGUCAGUGAGCAUUGUGCUGUGUCUUUAAGUACGGUGUAACCCAAAGGGAGGUACUCUUGUCAUUCAGGCCUCACUAGCCAAUCAAGCCCUCCAGGCGAUCUGCCAGUCAGAAGUGGUUGCCGGGCCCUUCCGGCCACCGGCUUCAGGCUUGGCUUUGAAGGGAAACUGAUGCCAGUGGGUUUGUAUGCUGUGCUGCGAGUGUUUCUGCUGGAGCAGAGCGAAGAGCAUGGGCGAGCUGGGAAACCACGACAUGGUAUAUGUAUUAUGCCAUUGUUAUGUUGGAAAGGUUUAAUUUGUUUGAAGGCAGUGAGUUGCAGGGGUCUCCAUUACAAAGAAUGACUUGGUGGGGCAUGGAUGCAGUGACCUAUAAUGAUGUUCAUGUUGACUUCACUCGGGAAGAAUGGACUUUGCUGGAUCCUUCCCAGAAGAAUCUCUAUAAAGAUGUGAUGCUGGAGACUUAUACGAACCUCACUGCUAUAGGCUUCAAAUGGGAAGAUCAUAAUAUUCAAGAACAUUGUCAAAGUUCUCGAAGACAUGGAAGGUAA